AUGCUGUCCCGCGGCAUACCAGACGACCCGACGCGUAUUGUCAAAGUUGUCGCGUCAGAUGGAAAGACGGGAGAGGCAAAGGAGAUUCAGUACACGAAUUGCAAAGUAAUAGGCAACGGAUCGUUUGGCGUCGUGUUCGCCGCACGCCUCCUCAACGUCCCAAAGGAAGAGGAGGAAAUUGCGAUCAAGAAAGUCCUCCAAGACAAGCGAUUCAAGAACCGCGAGCUCCAGAUCAUGCGCCUAGUCUCUCAUCCAAACGUUGUCGAGCUUCGCUCGUUUUUCUAUUCCAAUGGUGAAAAGAAAGACGAGGUGUACCUCAACCUCGUCCUCGAAUUCGUCCCAGAAACCGUGUAUCGUGCCAGCAGACAUUAUGUAAAACUCAAGCAGCCCAUGCCAAUCCUCCAGGUCAAGCUGUACAUGUACCAACUCCUCCGAUCCUUGGCGUAUAUCCAUUCCGUCGGCAUUUGCCACCGUGACAUCAAGCCUCAAAACCUCCUUCUCAAUCCGCAAACCGGCGUCUUGAAGCUCUGCGACUUUGGGAGCGCCAAAAUCCUGAUUGCCGGCGAACCCAACGUCAGCUACAUUUGCUCGCGAUAUUACCGCGCUCCAGAGCUCAUCUUUGGUGCCACAAACUAUGCAACGAGCAUCGAUAUUUGGUCGACUGGUUGCGUAAUGGCCGAGCUCAUGCUUGGACAACCCUUGUUCCCGGGAGAGAGUGGUAUCGAUCAACUGGUCGAAAUCAUCAAGAUUCUUGGUACGCCGACCCGAGAGCAGAUCAAGACGAUGAACCCGAACUACAUGGAGCACAAGUUCCCCCAGAUCAAGCCGCAUCCAUUCAGCAAGGUAUUCCGACCCCGCACCCCGCAAGAUGCGAUCGAGCUCGUCUCAAAGCUGCUCGAAUACACCCCGUCGGCACGCCUUACAGCGAUUGAAGGCAUGGUUCAUUCAUUCUUUGAUGAACUCCGAAUUGAGGGUGUCCGUAUGCCCAACGGCCGGGACUUUCCGAGACUGUUUGAUUUUACCAGGGAAGAGCUCUCGAUCCGCCCUGACCUCAACAGCCGCCUUGUGCCAGACUGGUGCCGACCAGAGCUUGGUGACAGAGGCAUCGACCUCGACAACUUUGAACCGAUACCCCUCGAGGAGCUGCGGAUCACGCUAGACUGA